CGAUGCAGCGCGCUCGGCGCUCCAGGCAGAUACCAUGAAGCGGUAGCAACGGCUGGGGGAUCCCCCGUCUACCAUCUCCGGACCAGGACACCAAUGUUCGACCCUCUAGCAAGGGGCUAGAGAAGAGCGAAGCCGCAUAGGAGAGUUAGAGGCUCUGAGGGGUUCAUUGCUGCUCUCCUGAAGGCCGAGCCACCUGCACCUUUAAUAUUUAUUUCCCCCCCUCCUCUGACCUAAAAUGCUGACGAUAAAGUUGCCUCAGAUAUUCAGGGUUCACCAAGUACCUCGUAUCUUCUGGGAGGAUGGCAUCAUAUCCGGCUACCGCCAUCCAAAGAGCUCUGCCUUGGACUGCAUCCUGAGCUCCUUCCAAAUGACCAACGAGACUGUCAAUAUCUGGACCCACUUCCUCCCGACCUGGUAUUUCGUGUGGCGGUUCCUGGGGCUCUCCUCCUCCCUGGAUUUCUGCAGAGACGCCUACAACUGGCCUUUCCUUGUCUACAUGUUGCUGGUCUGCCUGUACCCCUUCACCUCCAGCUGUGCCCACACCUUCAGCACCAUGUCCGCCCACGCCCGCCACAUCUGCUACUUCUUUGACUAUGGAGCCCUCAGCCUCUACAGCCUGGGCUGUGCUUUCACAUAUGGAGCCUAUGCGAUGCCAGACCGUUGGGUUAACAGCACUUUACACCAUUACUUUGUACCAAUGGCUGCUUUUAAUUCAUUUAUCUGCACCAGUCUGUCUUGUUACUCCCGGUUCCCGGAAUUGGAGUGUCCCCGGCUGAGCAAGGUUUUACGGACAACGGCCUUUGUGUAUCCCUUUGUCUAUGACAAUAUCCCGCUGUUUUAUAGGCUUCUGUUCUGCUUCGGGGACGGCUGCACCUGGAACGAUGCCACCGCGGGUUACUUCUACCACCUAUUCUUUGCCCUCCUCACCGGCUUCCUCUUUGCCUCCCACCUGCCGGAACGCCUGGCGCCCGGGCGCUUUGACUAUAUUGGGCACAGCCACCAGCUGUUCCACAUCUGCGCAGUGGUGGGCACCCACUUCCAGCUGGAGGCCGUCCUGUCGGACGUGCGCUCGCGGCAGGCCUGGCUGAGCACCCGGGCCCCGGCGCCCGCCUUCUCCGCCACCUUCGGCACCGUCAGCCUGGCCCUGCUGGGGAACCUGCUCAUCAUCGGGGGUUUCACUGUGGCCCUGCUGCGCUGGCCGGGCGGCGCCUCCAUCCUGCAGAGCACCGUGCCCGAGGCGGGCCGCCCCAAGGAGCAGUGAUGCCCGCCCGCCCCCAGAGACAGCGGGUGAGGGCGGCUUGGGGGCUGAAGGGAGAAGGG